AGGAACUGCGGGCGCGCGCGUGUCUCUCUCUCUCUCUCUCUCUCUGUGUGUGUGUGUGUGUGGAUGUGUGUGCGUGCCCGGGUGUGCGCGCGCGGGUGUGUGGACUAGAAGGUGGGGGCAGCCGAGUUAGUCCCAAGUCGUCGGACUCCAUUUGCUAUUCUUUUCUUCCUGCCCCGCACCCGGGUGGUGGUGGGCGUUCGUCUUCGCGUCUCUUUUCAUUCAUCUCCAGACCUUUAGAGGUUUGGUUUUUUUUUUUUUUUAGGGUCGGGGGUAGUGGGGAGGGCAGGCGAGGGGAAAGGAGGAGGACAUGGAGAUGAAGAAGAAGAUUAACCUGGAGUUGAAGAACAGAGCCCCGGAGGAGGUGACAGAGUUAGUCCUCGAUAAUUGCUUGUGUGUCAAUGGGGAAAUCGAAGGCCUGAAUGACACUUUCAAAGAACUGGAGUUUCUUAGUAUGGCCAACGUGGAAUUAAGUUCCUUGGCCCGGCUUCCCAGCUUAAAUAAACUUCGAAAGUUGGAACUCAGUGACAACAUAAUAUCUGGAGGCUUGGAAGUCCUGGCAGAGAAAUGUCCCAAUCUCACCUACCUCAAUCUGAGUGGAAACAAAAUCAAAGAUCUCAGUACAGUAGAGGCGCUGCAAAAUCUUAAAAAUUUGAAAAGUCUCGACUUGUUCAACUGUGAGAUCACGAACCUGGAAGAUUACAGAGAAAGCAUUUUCGAGCUGCUGCAGCAGAUCACAUACUUGGAUGGAUUCGAUCAGGACGACAAUGAGGCACCGGACUCGGAGGAGGAGGAUGAGGAGGAUGGAGAUGAAGAUGAAGAAGAUGAGGAAGAAGACGAAGCUGGUCCACCUGAAGGAUACGAAGAGGAGGAGGAGGACGACGAGGAUGAGGAUGAGGAUGAAGCAGGUUCAGAAGUGGGAGAGGGAGAAGAGGAGGUGGGCCUCUCAUACUUAAUGAAAGAAGAAAUUCAGGAUGAAGAAGAUGAUGAUGAUUAUGUUGAUGAAGGGGAGGAAGAGGAAGAAGAGGAAGAAGAGGGUCUUCGGGGAGAGAAAAGGAAACGGGAUGCUGAAGAUGAUGGAGAGGAAGAUGACUAGGUCCCUGCAGGAUGAGGUUGCCUGGCGCUCCUGGGCAUGCAGUAGAGCAACCAUAUGUCCUUGUUUCUUCAUGUAUGAUAGCUGUCUCUAUAGGAGAUGAUGUGUAACUUUUUAUAGGAAAAGUGUGGUUUUACUAUUUUGGCCUUAUCAUUCCGAUUAAGAUUUGCUAGUCUGUUAAUCAUAAUGUAUGUAGAAAAAAUUUUCACUCAUCUUCUCAUUGUGAAAUUCUCUAGCACUGUAUUAGAUUCUGGAUUUUUAUAAUUCAUGCUUAAUGUAUUAGACAUUUUUAGCCCAUAAUUAAAACAUGGUUGCUUUUACACAGGUGUAGUUUGGUGCAUUUCAUUCAUGUUUUAAAGUUAUUUAUAAAUUAACAAAUUACACUCAGCUGUAAUAUGAAAUGGCAAUAGUCUCUUGAAUGAUAAAGCUGAUCGAUUUUUUUUUUUUUUUAUAUAUAUUUUAAGAGGUGAUCCAGAAAUCAAUAGCUUGAAGGCAGUUUUGGGGGCUGGGGUGGAUUAGAGGACUUUCCUGUCACAGUUUGGAAAGUAGAAGCAGAGUAAGAGGGUUCUCUUCAGCAGCGUAGGCCGUGAACUCAGAGAUUCUGUUCAGUGAUACAGUUCAAGGCUUUUACGGAGCCUGAUUUUAUGGAAAUCCAGAGACUUGCAGGCAGGCGAGCCCUUUCUGUGGGUGAUGCUGUGCCAGCAACUUGCUGGGCUUUAGGGGUGCGUUCUCUCCGUCACCCUCCAUCGCCUCAGUCCUCUCCACAUCCAAAGGAAAGCUGGCAAAGUUGUGGAUACCCAGGAAACUGUCAUCCGUCUGUCUGGGUGUCAAGUGAAGUGGGGGAGAUGGCCUGUCUGUUGGGAUGCCGUGAUGAGCGUUAGGAGUGUCAGGAGACAGGCUUCGCUUACCAUGGACAACACACGAGGCCGUGUUAGGCUAAGGCAGAGCAUUCUCCUUUCUCAGAGGCCAGACUGAUCACCUGCUGAUAACUAAUAACAUGUUCAAGUCUAAUUAUUAAGUUGUUUUCCUUAGGUGAUUUGGAUACCAACGCUGUGAAGUAUUUAUUAUAUUUCUGAGUGGAGCCUUUAAUUAUUCUUCCUAUAGUUUGAAAGUGUGAUCAAAUAUAGCAGUUGAUUGGAAUAUAAUAGCAGUUGGGAGACUGUAUGAAAGUCAGUAUUGAAGUUGGGAUUUAUUUCUGUUAACAUUUGGGGUAAGUGUACAUGCUUCCUCAUGGCUACUAAAUAAACAUGAGCAGACAGGUCCCUUUUCUUUUGUUCCAGAGGCUCCAUGUUCAAGGCAAUUGCUUUUUAAAUCUUGGCCACUAAUUUUUGUUUUCCUUUGUUUUGUAUUUCUAUGUUUAUUUUGUUAGUAUCAGCAAAUUAAGUUCUGCCUGUACUGGGACGCAGAAAUUGUUUAUAGUAGUAGGACCGUUUUUUAAUUUAAGAUGUUUGACAUGGUGUUUUAAAAUAACAAGUAUGAAAUUAUUUGCAGAGAAGCUAACAGAGUUGCAUAUCUGACUGAAAUAAACGUGUGAUAAAUUCAGUGCCAGUACUGGGAUCUCCAAAGGACUAACAUUUUCCUCAUUUCAAUAAUUGGAACGCCUGCUUUCAGUCCCUAAGAAUUCUUCUUGGCACAGUAUGCCAGGUUCAAAAUAAAUGCUUAUUUUUUAAAAAGUAAAUCUAUAUAUUGACUUUUUUACCAAUCUAUUGUACAAUCAAAAUUAGAGUUCUUGGGUUUAAAAACAACAAAUAGGGCCUCCAGAUAACUAUUAAGACUUACUUAGCUUUGUGGGUGGUAUUUUCAUGCAAAUAAGCAAGGGUGGGCCUUCUGUAGACGUUCUGGGCUCUGUUUUAGCUAUCUGUACUGCGUGUGUAUACAGUAUGUUAAGUCCUUAGAGACUCUGAAGUUCAUACUUUCAUGCAACUGUAUUUUGGAUAAAGCCACACAGUGUUAAACACAAGGGCAGGCAGUACUGAUUGUGUGUUCCUGACUAUUUUUGUUUUUUUUUCUGACUGCUGUAACUUAAGUUUUGAAACUGAAUUGCUUUGAAUAAAUCGAAGAGUUGUUAAUAAUGA